UUAACAUCCAGUUAAGCAACGGUCCUAUUUUAUUUGGCCAUUUGAUCAGAUCGUAGUGGUCCUAAUGCUUUGUUUUUGGUGAAUGUGCAUUGUUAGUAGCUUUGCGGCUUUUUAGCUCUUAGGGCUCCAAGGUUGCUGUUGGUACCGUCGAUCAUUGUUGUAAUGUGGCGAUGGUUUGUUGGAAAGUGCAAAAUAAUACAAUUAUUGCAAUGGGAGAUAGAUUUUGUUACACGUACUUUUUCUGACUAUGUCUGUUAAUUUUCUUAUGCAGCUAUCUUAUUUUUUUACGAUAUGUGUUUUGGACCCUUGAAAAAACUUUGUCAUUGGGGUCCACUUGCAGCUUUGGCUAUAAUCAAGAGUAUAUCAUUUAUGACAGCCUACUGUAGCAACAUGUGGUGGCCUCCUACUGAGUCUGUUGGAGGCUUACUCAACUCUGCUAUAUUCUUCGCUUUCAGUGCCCUUACAUUAUAUAACUUCAUGAGUGCCAUCUUUGAAGGACCAGGCUACUUACCUACGCAAUGGAAGCCUGCUCAACCAGAGGAUGCGACAUAUCUCCAGUAUUGCAACACAUGCCAAGGCUACAAGGCACCAAGGGCACAUCACUGUCGCAAAUGUGGGCAGUGUGUGCUGAAAAUGGAUCAUCAUUGUCCUUGGAUCAACAACUGUGUGGGUCACUGUAACCAUGCACACUUUACUGCCUUCCUGUUCUGGGCAGUGUGUGGUUGCCUACAAGCCAGUGUGGUGCUGUCUUGCUCCCUGUAUAGAGCUCUAAACAGGGUGUGGUACAUUUAUUAUGGAAAUGGCACGGAGCCACUGGUGGUUCUGUCUGUGUACGCCCUGAUAUUUUGUGUGUUCUGUCUGGGCUUGUCAGUUGGAGUUGUUCUUGCUGUAGGCAUGCUUCUCUAUUUCCAGUUGCGGUCCAUUAUAAGGAACCAGACAGGUAUCGAGGACUGGAUUGUAGAGAAAGCUCAUCAUCGCCGUGAUCCUGGUGAUCCUAAAUUUGUGUAUCCAUAUAAUCUUGGCUGGAUGAAUAAUUUGAAACAGGUUCUAAAUUGGACCUGUGAUCCAGUUGGAGAUGGAAUCACAUGGCCCGUUGCUCAGGGUUGUGACCAGUACACCCUAACUCGAGAACAACAGCAGCAGAAGUGUGAGAAACGUCAGCGAACUCGUAUGUACACUGUUGUGGAAAAUUAUUCAGGGUCUUGGGUACCUAUUACAAAAGGUUGGAGGGUACUUUGUCACCCUCCAUUCACAGAUGAGCCCCGCAUACCAUUGCAGAAGGGAAACACUAUCUUAGUCACACGCUGGAGAAGACACUGGUUGUUUGGAGAGAAAAUCCAAAAUGAUGGAAUCAAGAAACGGGAACGAGGCUGGUUCCCUCGUCCCUGUGCUGUAGAACUGGUAGAGGGAGCAUCGUAUAAUGAAGAAGACAAGAAGAAGUGACAGAAAUGUUGGAAAUGAAGGCAAAGAAAAAAAACACAUGCGAACACAAAGGAGUUGAUUGAGGCUGUAGCUGUGAUGCCUUGUGAUGGUGUUGCUUUCCUUUAUGUAUUUAGUAGUGAGCUGCACUUUCUUCCUUGUUUCAUUGUUUUGUGUGAAUAUGUAUAUUGGAAAAUUAUUGAUUAGUUCCGGUGAGAAUGUUUAUGAUAUGGGCAGCAAAGCAUUUUCUAUGGAUAUGUGAUAUUUUUUGGGACCAUUACUGACAUACACAUAACUCACCUACUCAUGGAACUGAGCUCUUUUUGAGAAGCCACCAAUUGUGCAGUUAUUCAAGAACUGACAUGCACAUACUUUCAAAAAAAGAUUUCCAUGUUUUGAUUGAUGCUUCCUCGUGUAAGUGAAUUACACACCCGAGCAAUGUGAACAGAAAUUGGGAAACUGCAGUACAGUUAAUAAUAUUUUUGAUGUGUUAAAAUCUUUUCCUUAAAUAUAUCAAGUCAUUUAUAGAUUAACUCUUGAUAUUCAAGCACUUCCAAAAUAUGUUUUCAUAUUUUUAAUGAUACCUCUCACACAGAAUAUAUUCAGUUACAUGGGAAACCAUCCAACUGUAUAAUAUAUACUUGGGUCAUUUUGCUUGUGUAAAAUGACCAGUGUCAGAAUAUAUAGCUGGCAACAUGGGCUUGAGAUUUAUAUAGUUUGGUAACGCUACAGCUGUGAAUGUAUGGUAUUAUGGUUUGUGGUCAAAUGCAGGGGCAUUAAUUGGGCAUCAUACGUACGUGAUUUCUAUACAUAUUAGAUGCCGUAUAUAAAUAUCUUUGUUUAUAUCAUGUGCAGUAUUGAUUGAGGGUAUUAUUAAUUGUAUCAGCCAUAUUGUGCAGGGAAAAUAGGAAAACUGAUGGAGAAGUAACAGACUUUGAACAGUAUUUUGUAAGGACAAAUAGAGAACUCUGGAACCUGGAAAGUCAGCAGCUUGCUCAGUGAAGAAGCGCUACAUCAUUAGCCCCAAGAUCACUCUUCUUUCCAGAGUCCUGACAUUCCCAUGAUAGAAAUGCGGUAUCUUUGCUCUGAGAUUGAAAGCUGAUGCUGCCCUGUUCCAAGCAGUGGAACUGGUUGUGCAGGGGUUUGAUGUAAGCUUCCAUGUCUGGAAUGAUUUGUUUAAUUUUCUAUGAGGCUCAACACUUUCUGCCAUUCCUAAGUUGCAUUCACAGGUUGCUCAUCCAAGAACAUUGCAACAGCAUCCAGUUUAUCACACUAGCAGCUUAGAUCUGGUGCCCUUGUGUGCAGUUCAAGCAGUGCUGGUAUGAUAUUGAUAUGUCUUGGGUUUGAAUUUAGGGCUUAGACCAUGACUGUAUGAAUUUUGAAAGUAAAAAUAAAAUAUGACCAUUGUUCUCUCUGCAAAUAUAUACAUACAGUAAAACUUC